AUGGUAUCAUGUUGUCGAGAUUUAACGAAUGAAAAUAUAAAUACUUUAAUUAAAGAAUUUAAAAUUCCUUAUUCACAUUUAAAACAAUUUAAAGAACACUUAAAUGAUGAAUCAAAAGUAAGAAUAGCGUCUUAUGAAGAAAAAUUAGAUACAAUUUUAUGGUAUUCUGAAGAUUUACAAUGUUCAGAUGUUGAUGAUAUUAUUAGUGAAAGAUUACAAAAUGGUGAACAGAUAACUUUACCAUAUGGUAAACUUAUGGAACGUCUUUUACUUCUUCGAACAUUACUAGAUAAUGAAAAUGAAACAACAACCUUCGAAAAUUACGAACACGGUCCUGGACGAGGAGGAUGCCGACAAAUUACUAGAAAUGUUCAUGAUCAACAUUCAACACAACUAAGCAAACGUAAAUUAUAUUCUGAUUUGUUAUUAAUUGCUGAAGUUCAACUUGAAAAAAUUAAAUUACCAUUAGAAUCACCUGUAGCUGUCAUGGGUGAUGCAUCAGAUUCAAUGGAAGUUGCUAUUCGUACAGCAACUAUUCUUGCAUCAUUAUUAACAGCAGUUUGUUGA